AUGCACGAGCCUGUCUGGGUGCCAGCGGCGCUUACGGCCGUCACCGGCUGUCUUGGAUAUGCCGCCCUUUGCUGGGCCUCCGGCUUCCUGCCUGGCCAAACCGACGUGUCGGCCACGGGCCAGGGUGGCGGCUAUGGCCGUGCGGCACUGCUGCUGCUUCUGCACGAAGCCUGGGUGACGUUGCAGCAUGGCAACGUGCUGCUGAACCCCUUCUGCCAACGCCUAGAUCGAAAGUACGGCAUCUCCAUGCUGCAGAAAGGCCAGCACUGGGUGAUCGCGAGCGUGCUGGUCAUGUACUGGGCGCGGGAGGUCGCGAGUAUGCUUCUAUGCUUGCCGUACAUCUCUGUCUACUCACAGAUUGCUGUGUUCGUCUCCGCCGUCUACCACACUGUGAAGAUGUUCAACAUUUGUCUGGAUGCCCAUCGGUGCUGGUCCCCAACGCUCGGGAUCAUGAAGCUCCUGAUCGACCAUUGGCAUUUCUACACACUUGGAACUCAGCUUGUGAGCCUGCUCCGAUUUGUCUUGCAGGGGUACGACACCAUGGUGCAUGUUUUCAUUGUCAGCGACCUGAUUCACCACGGCGGACUGGGAACCGGCUACGUUUGGUGGCUGCAUGUGUUGUUCCUCGUUUGGCUCCUGCAUGCUGUUCUGAACCAAAUAUCGCAACAAAGCACGUCCACGUUGGUUGUGGAAUCUUGGCGGUACAUCCUGGGCUUCCACGCAAAGAAAGCUUGCAAUGACACGAGCUGCCACUUGGCGGCCCUGCCCGGAAACUCCUGCGUCGUUUGCGAACUGCUGAAGGAAGACAGCAGCAAGAACUGGAAGGGCAAAGCAACAUCGAGAAGGACGUCGGAGCAGAAGCAGAUUCUGGCUGCAACGUUUACCAUCCAGAUUGGUGCUGUGAUGUAUGCUGCCAUCCUGUUUUACAUGGAUGUCUUGCGCUUGGGUGCCGGGUUCCAGGAAGGCCUGAUUCGGAACGAUGUGCUCUUCUUGCAUGAGGCCUGGGUAAUGCUUCAGCACGCCAAUGUCCUUCUGAAUCCCUUCUGCCAGCGCCUGGACCGUCGCUAUGGGGUCUCCAUGCUGCGGAAAGGCCAGCACUGGGUCAUCGCGGGCGUCCUCGUCAUGUACUGGUCCCGGGAGGUGAUCAGCAUGCUCCUCUGCCUGGCCUUUACAUCGCCGCGGACGCAGCUCGCGAUCCUGGUCUCCUCGGCCUACCAUUUGGUGAAGAUGCACAGCAUCUGCUGCGAUGCGCAGCGCCAGUGGUCCCCAUCGCUUGGAAUUAUGAGGCUCCUGAUUGACCACUGGCACUUCGACACCCUGGCGCAAAGCGCCGUGAGCGCUCUCCGCUUCUUUCUGCAAGGCGGGCGUGGGCUUCUCCGGCUUCCCAGAGCGCCUUGA